AUGUUGCUAUCAUCGCGCGCGACAAGAAUACUCGAGGAGGUUAAGAAUGGAUGCUGUAUGCUUUAUGGUGCAGAGUAUUUCACUGAAGAUGAAUGGGUGAGAAUAGACGCGUUGCUGCACAAGGGAAAAUACGUUUUUACCAACGGCCCCCAAAAACAGUUGUCAGAUGCGUACGAACCUUCCGAUUCUCAACAGCUCGUGAGGAUCGAAGACAAAGCAGUAUCCGAACCUCCCAGCAAUACUCAAGCUGGUCUUCAAGAGCAUGACGGACCUUCUGCGGAUGAAGCUGAGUCACACGUCUUGGUCACAGUGCCUAGCAAUGGUCAUGAAAAUUUUUCGGGAUCGCCAUCAGAUGCAACUUGCUUCCAUUGCCAGGCCCGUCCUCAGCUCCCUGAAAAUGAGGCUCGUGUCAAAUUGCCGAAGCCAAAAUUUAAUCCUUCCGCAGCGGAAUUUGUGCGCGAUUAUGAGCCGAAGAAGGAGAAUUCAACACAUCGCGAGCCAAAAAGAGCGAGCGAGGAACCAAGAAUAAUCCUUAAUAGAAGUAUGGGCAGUUCUGGUACUCAGUCAAUGCCUAUCGGCCCACGUCCUAAGAAGACAACAUCUAGCGUCCAAGUAGGCAAAAAUUAUAGAGCCAUCAAGGAUUUUCAACCUCCAUCUGACUCAUUUGGCGGGAUUCUAAUAUCUUGUGGUGACACAAUUAAGGUCGAAAAGCCUCUUGGUGCUAGUCUUUGUCUGGGGUGGAAUUGCACAAGGGAUCUAUAUGGUAGCUUUCCUGUGUCUGCAAUCUUGGAGGACGAUAAGACAAGCAGUAAGAAAACGAGUCAUAGUAGCCCAGUUGCGAAAAAAACCGGCGGCUUUUCGAUGGAUGACUAUGACAAUAGAAAAACGGCUGAAUGGGCGGAUGACGAUGAAGACGACAUUUUACCACCACCAACCGAAUCACAAGUUGCAUCGAACGGUGUCGAAAGAACGAAGCAGAGAGAAAACUUGGAUAGUUCCAACCGUGUUGCAUCAGCUAAUAGUGACCGCGAGAUCAAUAGUGAGAGUGACAGCGAGAGCGCUGGAAUAGAGUCAAGAGUCUCUAGUCUGAAUACAGACCAUGACGAAGAAGUCGUCAAUGAGCAGAAGCCGAAUGAUGCGGACUAUGAUAAUAAGGGACUACAAAUGACCAAAUAUCGACCCAACAGAUCGUACAACAGUUCCCCUAAACCUGGCAAAUUUAUGACCACCCGGGACAGACUUCGUGAAGAACCUCAUGAAAUUGUCGUUCCAAAGACCGAAGUCUGUUAUUACUGGGAUAGUCCCAAGGGCUGUCGCUUCGACGAAGCGACAUGUCGUGAUCUCCACGAACAUCGCGAGUACACACUGCAGACGAACAUACGAAACGGCAAAAUCAACCCCGGAGUGCUCUUCGAUGUCGUCUAUGCGAUUCCCGCGCCCGCGCCCGGCAAGCAGCAUCAGCCUGCCGACCCCAAAACCACCGUCGGAAAACGUUUCACGUGCUUCUUUUGGCACAGCUACGCAGCGUCCAAAAGUACCAAGAAGUGUCUCAAUACAGCUGCGGCGUGCCAAUUCCUUCACACGUAUGUCGGGAGCGAGGGUAUCUUAUAUAAGGAAGUCCAAAUCCAAGCAUUUAAAAAUCGAAACAGGAAGCCAGUUGCUAAACAGCCGCUUUCACCUUCUUCCGAGGCUGCGGACGGUCAGGGAUGGGGAUCGGCGGACAACGUGUCUCCUGAUUUAGAUUGGUAG